UACAUACAUAUUCUUUCGCGUUGGCAUCUUCACUAUCACGCGACGCAAUAACUAAACAAGACUGUAGGGAAGUAAAAAACGCUAUAAUAUCUUGAACAUCCGCCAUUACGCCAUUCGUACUAUAUCAGAGCGCUGCUUAAAGUUGCAAAGAACAGAGCUAUGAACCAUGGUUAGACCUGUCGCUGAAUACACAGCAGAAAAGGCAAAAAAAUGCAAAGUUCCAUUUCCAAGAUUUGUUGCAAUUGAAUAUAAAACACAACUGGAACAUGGGACGAAAUACUUUGUUAAGGUUGAUGCUGGAGUGUGUUUUGUUCAUCUCUGCAUUCAUCAAGACUACGAAUGUGGCGGAGGAAGGAUAAAACUCGAAAAAAUGUUAGUGAAUUUAGACGAAGAUCAUCCAUUGGAGUAUUUCGAUUAAAACUUUGCCACAAUAGCUAUAACAGCACUUAGCUGAAAAUAUCAUCAUUAUCUUACACCUAUUUGCUUUUAAUACUUGGACCACCUAACGUCUUUUGUGCAUUUUAAGCAGUUUGUCAAAGAAACGAUCGAUUCAGUGACAUAUAUAUGUUUCUCAGUUUUAUACUUUUAUUUCUAAUCAUAGUUGCGUGCUCUAUAUAAAUAAUAUUAUAGAUAAAUGUAAAUUGUUUUGUGUCAUUUUUACUUCUUUAUGACUUGUUUUUCGUUAUAAAAGAUUUUUUCCUGCCCGA